AUGUCUUGGUUCUCCUGGCUCUUCACUCGGUGGUCCUCCCCAGCCUCCUUACUGCUCCUCCUGGUAGUGGGCAGAGAGUUGGGGCUCAGGGUGGGGCUGGAGGUGGUUCAGACAGCGAUGUGCUCUCGGUGGAGUGCACCGAUGGAACAAAGCAUCCAGGGACCCUCUCAGAAUGGAGAUGUGGUGAUUGGUGGGAUCUUUAACCUUAAUUACCUGCCUUCAGUUACAGACCAGGACUUCACUAAGCUGCCACACUACAAACCUUGCACUGGACUGGAGCUAAAGUCGUUAAGAUAUGUGUAUGCUAUGCUGUUUGCGGUGGAGGAAAUUAAUCGUAACACCGCCCUGCUACCAGGUGUGAGGCUGAGCUAUCGUAUUUUUGAUGGCUGUGCCCGACACCCCGGGGCCACUCAAGCAGCACUGUCUCUGGUCGGAGGAGACAGUCUCACCUGCAACUCAACAGCCCCCCUCCCUCAAUCAGCUGAACAAACUGGGGGGAGGAGAGGUGGUCAGCCUGUUCCUUUGGUCAUUGGUGGUUCCUCAUCUGUGACUGGCAAAAUACUGUCCACGAUCCUGGCACCUCUCUCAAUCAGCUACCUGGCCAGCUGUGCCUGUUUGAGUGACAGGCGUAAGUUUCCCAACUUCUUCAGAACCAUUCCCAGUGAUGUUUACCAAGCCCGGGCCAUUGCCCGGCUUGCAAUACGUUUAAACUGGACUUGGGUUGGAGCUGUGGUGGCAAACACUAACUAUGGACACAUGGCAAUCCAGGAAUUUCAGAGAGAGACUGAAGGGGCAGGAGUGUGUUUGGAGUUCACAGAGGCUGUCAGCAGGGAGACUAUUGUGAGAGAUGCCAGACGAGCUGCAAUCACCAUUCAGGCCUCAACUGCAAGAGUGAUUCUGAUCUUCUGCUGGUACACAGAUGUGAGGCAAUUAUUCCUGGAACUAGUCAAGAGAAAUGUGACUGACAGACAGUUUCUGGCCAGUGAGGCAUGGAGCACCAGUGAUGAUAUUCUUCAAAAUAUUGCCCUAUCCAAAGUGGCAAGUGGUGUUGUAGGUGUGGCUAUUCGAAGUUCAGUUAUUACUGGAUUUGAGAAUUAUCUCAGAAGUUUGCAUCCAUCGCAUCGUCCUGGAGAUGAGCUACUAAAGGAAUUCUGGGAAAAGGAGUUUGGCUGUAGUCCUGGAGCUUCAAAAUCACAUGGCACACUUCGUUCUUCCUAUCCUCCCUGCAGUGGGACAGAGUCCCUUUGGGGGGUGCAGAAUCACUUUACUGACACCUCCCAUCUGAGGGUGACCUAUAAUGUCUACCUUGCUGUGUAUGCAGCAGCCCAUGCGCUUCAUAGCCUUCUGUCCUGCCCUAACACAGAUCGGCGUCCUGCAGCCAACAGCUCCACCUGCUCCUCCCCACACAGUAUCAACCCCGCAGAGCUGUUGCAGCACUUGAACAAGGUGAGCUUCACCACUCCUCAGGGGGAAAAGUUUUACUUCCAAGGAGGUGACAUUCCAGCAAAGUAUGACCUUGUCAACUGGCAGACCACCCCAGAGGGGUCACUCAAACUGGUCUUGAUUGGUCGAGUUGAUGGGUUUGAGCUCCAUCUUAAUCAAUCAGCUGUUCAGUGGAGCACAGGGUCCAAUCAGGUGCCUGUUUCAGUGUGCAGUGAGAGCUGCCCCCCAGGUACCCGAAUGGCCAGCAGGAAGGGGGAGCCAGUCUGCUGCUUUGACUGUGUCCCGUGUGGUGAAGGGGAGAUUAGCAAUAAAACUGGUUCCCGCCACUGUGAGCGAUGUCCAUCAGAGUUCUGGUCCAAUGAUGAACGAACUGCCUGUGUUCCUCGCCAAGUGGACUUUCUCUCCUUUAAUGAGACCUUGGGCAUUACCCUGACAGUAGCAGCAGUUUCUGGUGUUGUGGUGACGUCCGCAGUGUUUGUAGUCUUCCUGCGCUACCGUCACACCCCUAUGGUGCGAGCCAACAAUUCAGAGCUGAGCUUCCUGCUUCUCCUGUCACUCAAGCUCUGCUUCCUGUGCUCGCUGGUGUUCAUUGGUCGUCCGUCACUGUGGUCUUGUCGGUUCCAGCAGGCUGCAUUUGGGAUCAGUUUUGUACUUUGUGUUUCCUGCCUCCUCGUCAAGACCAUAGUGGUUCUUGCUGCUUUCCGCUCAUCUCGGCCUGGUGCUGGAGCCUUGAUGAAAUGGUUUGGCCCAGGCCAGCAGAGAGGAAGUGUCUGUCUCUUCACAAGCAUACAGAUUAUCAUCUGUGUUAUAUGGCUAUGUGUCAGCCCUCCUGUGCCUCAAUGUGAUCUCGGAUUUCAAGGGUCAAAGGUUACCCUCGAGUGUGCCAUGGCCUCUGUGGUUGGAUUCUCUCUGGUCCUGGGCUACAUUGGUUUAUUGUCCUGCAUCUGCCUCUUUUUAACCUUCCUUGCUAGGAAACUUCCAGACAACUUCAACGAGGCCAAGCUCAUCACCUUCAGCAUGCUGAUCUUCUGUGCAGUGUGGAUGGCCUUUGUCCCAGCCUACAUCAGCUCUCCAGGGAAAUACGUUGUCGCUGUGGAGAUUUUUGCCAUCUUGGCCUCUAGCUACGGCCUCCUGCUCUGUAUCUUUGCUCCAAAGUGCUUCAUCAUCCUCUUGAGACCUGAGAGAAACACCAAGAAACUGAUGAUGACCAGAUAGCAGACAAUUUCUCCCUGCUCAAAUGUCAGUAUGAGACUCUGAAUGAUAUCUUGAUCUGGUGGAGGGUCCUCAACCUGCUGCUUGGUCGUCUUG